UUCGUGCCAACAAGUGUGCGUCAGGGAAAGCUCGAAGGUCGUUUAAUACAGCCACCAUGAGUGAGAAGAACCCCUCAAGUGACACGAAGGAAAUCAUGGAUGAAAGACCCGAGCUCGGAGUUCCUGAAACAGAAGGAGCAGCUGCAGCGCCGUCCUCAGGAGUGCUCAUAGUCUACCCGACCCGAUGGCUCAUCCUCGCUCUCUUCGUCGUGUACUCGAUGUCCAACGCCUUCCAAUGGAUCCAGUACUCCAUCAUCAACAACAUCAUCGUGAAAUACUACGACGUGAAGUCAACCAUGGUGGACUGGACUUCGAUGCUUUACAUGGUCACGUAUAUUCCGCUGAUCUUCCCCGCGUCCUGGUACCUGGAGAAGAAGGGUCUCCGGAAGGCCGUGCUCAUUGGGUCAUGCGGCACGAUGAUCGGGUCGUGGGUCAAGGUCGCCUCGGUGGCCCGCGACCGGUGGUGGGUGACCUUCCUAGGUCAGUGCAUCACGGCGGUGUCGCAGAUCUUCAUCCUGGGCAUCCCCGCGCGCCUCGCCGCCGUUUGGUUCGGCCCCACGCAGGUGUCCACGGCGUGCGCCAUCGGCGUCUUCGGGAACCAGCUCGGCGUUGCUUUGGGGUUCCUGUUGCCUCCCGCCAUCGUGCCCGACUCCGAUGACAUGGACGAGGUGGCCACGGGACUUGCCAUCAUGUUCUACUCCGUCGCCGGCCUCACCACCGUGCUCUUCGUCACCAUCAUCUUUGUGUUUAAGGAAAGCCCUCCAACGCCUCCCAGUACAGCUGCUCUCUCACAAGAGGACUCAGGCUCGUAUUUCCAUGGCGUUGUAAGGUUGAUGAAGAACCCAGGCUACGUCUUGCUUCUUUUGUCGUAUGGAAUCAACGUUGGUGCCUUUUAUGCCAUUUCAACUUUGCUCAACCAAGUUGUUCUGGGACAUUUCCCUGGCGAGACUAAGAAUGCUGGACGAAUUGGGCUCCUCAUUGUUCUUGCAGGAAUGUUGGGUUCUGUUGUGUGUGGUUUUAUUCUAGACAAGACGGCAAAGUUCAAGUUGGUGACGAUGACCAUCUAUGUCAUGUCAAUGGUGUUCAUGCUGGGAUAUACAUUUAUAUUCCACCUGGAGAAGCUAUGGCUAGUGUUUGUCACAGCAGGGUUGCUAGGGUUCUUCAUGACUGGCUAUCUACCUGUGGGCUUUGAAUUCGCAGCAGAGUUAACCUACCCAGAAGCUGAAGGUACAAGUUCAGGCCUGUUAAAUGCAUCAGCUCAGUUCUUUGGCAUCUUUUGCACCAUGGCUGAUGGUCAGUUAUUAGAGAGCUUUGGUGAUACGGCUGCCAACCUGCUCCUAGUCGUGGUAUUGCUAGUGGGUUCCAUCAUGACAGGGUGCAUAAAAGAAGAACUACGAAGACAAGCAGCACACAAGAAAGCCUCCCCAUCAGCCAUUCAGCCCCAAGUGUGAAUUUAAAUUAUGCAGGCUCUUUCACUUUAUGGGGCAUAACAUAGACAAGUAAAUUACAUUAUCUGUGGGGAGGUAGAAUGUGUGUGUGUGUGUGUGUGUGUGUGUGUGUUUGUGUGUAUGUGUUUUUGUGUGUGUGUGUGUGUGUGUGUGUGUGUGUGUGUGUGUGUGUGUGUGUGU